AUGAAUGAUCUGCCGAAAUUACAAUACAAUGGACCAGAAGAGCCACUUGACAAAUACUCGAUAUUAGAGAACAUCGAAGAUGUUGCCGAAGCAUUGCACGAUGAAGAAACAGAGUCAUGGACCGAAUAUGAUGAAGAUGACAUUGAAACCAUAGAGGAAGAAGAGGAAGACAUCAAAAUAGAGUCAAAAGAUAAAUCUGAAGCUGUGGAAGAAGAAAGAAAACAUAUCAAAGUGGAACCAGAAAUAAUCGACGAGACUGACAUAUUCGCUGAUUUUAUGAUGGAAUUUGAAGCAAAAAGGACGAAGGAAUUGGCGGUCAAGGCUGAAGAGAAGAAGAAACAGCUGCGGCAACUGAUCCAUGUUAAACGGAAGAAAGAUGACGAUGCGUCUGAAGGAACACCGAUCACGCCGGAAGAAGAAGAUAUUACGAGUGACCGAGUAUCCACUGAGAGCUCGAUUCAUCCAUGUUUACGCAAGAUAGAUAUUAGCGAUUCUCAGCUGAAAUUAGUGAAUCCGUAUACGGUGUAUCAAGUUCCGAACGAUCCCGGAUUGCUACCAGCUUUCUGGCUGUUACGUGAGCGCCCACCAAUUUACAGCACGGAUGGGGUACAAAAAUUCUACGAUAUAGUAAAACGUGCCGGUUUAAGAUCGAUUGGUUCGUUGAAGGAUAUGCUCUUAACAGAUCAAUUAAAUUUGCGUUAUUAUGGACUUAAUUCACCAGUAAUGAAAGCGAUCUGCGAGGCUUUAGCUGACAACACUUUUGUGCGAAAACUGGAUCUGAAGGAUAAUGAACUAUCCGCGAAUGCGUGCAAAUAUUUAAAUGAUUUACUACGCACAAACAAUGCAAUAAUCGAUUUAUCACUAUCGAAUUGCCGAAUUGGCACAAAUGGAGCAAAAAAAUUAUACGAUGCGAUAUCAGAGAACGCAUUCCUAAAGAUGCUCGAUCUCAGUAGCUGCGACAUCGGGAAUGAAGGCUUCGGAUACAUCGCAUCUGCAUUAUCUAAUAAUCAAGACUUGCAGAGUGUUGAUCUAUCUGAUAAUCAUCUGGACGAGACGUGCUCAGAAAGUCUGCGAAAUCUGCUCUUGCACUCCAAAAGUUUGACGCAUUUGAACUUAUCCUGGAACUCUCUAUAUAGCACAAAAACCUGGAAAGCUCUGGUUGAUGGACUCAAGAAAAAUAAGACGCUGCGUUCCUUGAAUUUAUCUUGGAACGCACUUGGACAGGAAUGUGUACAUCAACUUUAUAACCUAUUAUCACGUUCGGGGAGCAUUGAGAAGUUAAACUUAAGUUGGAACAGAUUUACCGAAAAAGAUGCUAAAAUUAUCGCAAAAGGUUUAUCGAAAAAUAACACGCUUCAGGAAUUACGACUGGGAAACAAUCCUUUGAGAGCACAAGGUGUUUUAGCUUUGGUUCACGCAAUUACGCCGAAUCUAUCGCCCAAUAGUGCUUUACGUCUUUUGGACUUAGAGAACAUUUGGGCGAAUAAGGAUAUUCUCGAAGACUUGGAGAUAAUUGAAAAAUUCAGACCAUGGGUUGCAGUCAAAUUAGGCGGUAUUCUAAGUAAUUAUCAACUUAUUGGACCAAAUGUUAGAAAAAUACUUUUGAAGAGAGCGAAUUAUGAGGCAAUGCUACCGAAACGAAAGAGGCAACGACGCAACUUCGACCAAUUUGUGAUGUCAUUGACAGACAAACAAAUAUCACGAGGCAUGUUCGCACGAUUUCAUUAUAUAUUUUUUCUUAGUUCUCUUCAAGCUUAUGAAAAGUCACCGUUCAUAUUUUAAGAAAAUUAA